AUGGCUUCACCCACUGGUGAUAUGUCCGUCGACGGAGGCACUGAAGACAUCCAUCUCUUGAUCGAGGACGUGGUUGAGGCCUCCAAGCUACCGUCCAAACGGCGAGCUACCAGCAUCAAGCCUACCGUGGAAAAAAUUACGUCUUUCGCCUAUCACAGAGGACUGCUACCCGAGCCCCUGAGCGAACUUAUCGACCUGCUGACCAGGCCCAACCACCUGGACCAGGCAAGCCUGAAUGCGUUGUUGAAGAAUUUGUACCCCGCGACUCGGCUAUCCAAGGAUGCUGUUUUGAGGGUGGUCGGAUGUCUGGGGCAUGGUGAACUGAAACCUUCGCUGGCCCUGCAAUCGAAUAUCCUCAAAUGGUUGAUUAUGGUCUACCAUGUCAUUGAGAAGCCAGCUUUAUUGUCGCAGGCAUACGCCGUGUUGUUCAAUCUUCUCGACACGGCUGCCAUUCGGAACACAGGCAACGACCCGGCCUUGACAGGGCUUUUGAGGGUCUACAAAGACUACUACCCCGAAAUCAUUGUCAGCGAUGCAUUGCGAGGCAGGGCAUCGGCCUUCAAGCAUCCUGACACGGAAUGGCGGGAGAGGCUUGACCAGAUCCAAAGAGACCACUCGCAGCGCGCUGCGGAGACCGCCGGCCAGCCUCGGAACGGCUUCAGUGUCAAUCACCUAGCUCUGAAGGUGCGCGGUGGCAAAGCAUCCCAUCUUCCUUCCGUCCAUACUUCAGAGGCUACAGAGAAUUCCGUCACUUUGGAAGAGAUCGACAGUGCCGAUCGCUUUGCUCAGUCAGUCGAAAAGAUUGAGCUACCAAACCAACUGGCAGCUGUGUUGGCGGAUCCAUUGCUUCAAAAGUUCAUUGCCUUGAAGAAAGAUGAUGCAGCUUCGAAACGUGUCGUCCAUUGGAUAGACGCCGCUCUCGAAGACGUCCUCAACGGCAACGCCGACGGCAAGCUGUUUAGGGAAACAAUGGAGAUUCUUGCGGAAUAUGUGUCGCGCGUCAAGGAAACCCCAUAUGUCCUCUUGAACUUCUUUGCCAAACUCUUCACGACAUGGAACGGCAUGGACGCCCGAGACCCUAUCAUGAGCAUUCUUCAGUACGCGCCGCUGGUGUCGUUUGAAGAACUGUACAACUUCAUCCUCGAGCCCCUGGAAAAAUGCCUCCCCCCUACGCCUGACUCCCAGCUGGCUCUUCUCGGGCUCUAUCAGAAUAUCAUCCGCCGCUGGACUUUUGUUCUGCGCUCCCUCGACCAGAUACCCAAGGAUGCACCCGUCAGCGCCUUUUACGACGUCAUGGAGCAUGCAAGCAUCAUUGCCCUCAACCUUGUCCAAGCCUCCCCAAGCGUUGCCGUCCACGGCGGCGUGCUCGACCUCUACGAACAAGCCGCCGCUAGCAUAUCAGACCCAAUCCUCCAGCCCCUGCUCCGCAUCGCCAACCCGCCGGCCCAGCUCAUCUACCUCCUCUUUUUCAGCCACUCCCUCGCCAAUGUGUCGCGCCUGUGCACCGUCCUGGCCACGUACAAGAAGGGAUUCGAGACGGCCAUGUCUAGGCGCCAGCCGACUACAUACGCCCCAAGCUACGUGAACCAUUUCAAUGGGUUCCUCAUGGACAUCUGCAACUGCCUCUGGCGCGGCAAGGCCUUCAACGACGGUGACAAGAAUGCGCUGGGCUGUCUCAACGCCCGCCCAGUCACCCUGCGCCUGCAGAGGUACGUCGAAGAUCUGGGCAUGGAUCUCGCGCUGCCGACUCUGUUUGGAUUCUCAUACUCGCCGUUGCUGAGCUUCCAGGCCAUCGAGUGCAUCCGCGAGCUCGAGGACCGUGAGCAGGCCGCAAACGAUGACGCCAUCUCCACGCGGCACGCAGGGCCCGUUACUGCCAACAGUUUGGCUAGGUUGGCCGAAGCGCGGGGCCUGCGCAUUACGUGGUCGGAGUAUAGAAUCAUCGUACUGCGGGCGCUGGAGAGCAAGGGCCUGGGCGGCAUCCCGGCGUUGAUGAAGAAUACGAUGAAGGUGCUCAUGAGCUCAAAAAGCGUUGCUUAG